GCCGGUCCUGGGGUACUUUUUUCUUGAGAACUUCCCCAGUCCAGCUGAGUGGCACGCUGCAAAAGCGAGGUACACUACCUCCCUGGCUGUCUCCUCCAUGCUUGGUUUUCUGGUUGGCCUGGGUGACCGGCACCCACACAAUCUGCUGCUGCAUCCCGCCACCGGAGAGGUCGUGCAUAUUGACCUGGGCAUCGCUUUUGACCAGGGUCGUCUUCUGCCAACUCCAGAAGUGGUGCCUUUCCGCCUGACCCGGGAUCUUGUGCAUGCUCUCGGUCCCCUUGGCCCCGAGGCCGGAUUCACCGUCGCUGCCGAAUCGGCUCUGUUGGCCUUUGCCUCCGGUGCAGAUGUCAUCAUCACUCUCCUCGAGGUACGAGACUGA